CCUGCCGACCGGAGGGCGGGGAAAACCCUUUCGGCGGAAAUGACGUAGUCGGUUUAUAAAGCGGGCGGGCGGCUUGCCUCUGUCUCUUCCGGUUGGGGCGCCAUCGCGGGGGCGGACCGAGGAUGGGGGCCUACAAGUACAUGCAGGAGCUGUGGAGGAAGAAGCAGUCGGACGUGAUGCGGUUCCUGCUGCGGGUCCGCUGCUGGCAGUACCGGCAGCUGUCGGCGCUGCACCGGGCGCCCCGGCCCACCCGGCCCGACAAGGCCCGCCGCCUGGGCUACAAGGCCAAGCAAGGCUACGUUAUCUAUCGUGUGCGAGUUCGCCGUGGUGGCCGAAAACGUCCUGUUCCCAAGGGUGCAACCUAUGGUAAACCAGUGCAUCAUGGUGUCAACCAGCUGAAGUUUGCCCGUAGCCUCCAAUCUGUUGCUGAGGAACGAGCUGGUCGUCACUGUGGAGGACUGCGAGUUCUUGCCUCCUAUUGGGUAGGUGAAGAUGCCACAUACAAGUUCUUUGAGGUUGUCCUCAUUGACCCAUUCCACAAAGCUAUCCGACGCAACCCCGAUACCCAAUGGAUCACAAAGCCUGUGCACAAGCACAGAGAGAUGCGUGGCCUGACGUCUGCUGGCAAGAAGAGCCGUGGUUUGGGCAAGGGUCACAAGUACCAUCUUACUAUUGGUGGUUCUCGUCGUGCUGCAUGGAGGAGGCGCAACACACUGCAGCUCCAUCGCUACCGUUAAAUGUGUAGUGUCUGUAUAUUUCACAUUGGUAAAUAAAUUGUUUUGAGGAUUUUUCCUGCA